GUUAUUCAUGUAUUAAUUAGUAGGAAGUAAUAAAAAGAGAGAGAAAAUGGGGAAUCCAAUUGGCAUAAAACUGCAGCUUUUGGGUGGGAUUUAUCAUCCUGCAACAAAAAUUUUAUCUUCGUCUUUACCAAGAAUCGGUGAACACAGACAAUCACGUAGGUUGGUAUUAGGUUUUGGUGUUUCAUUUCUGUCUCAGUUCACCAACAUGUCUCAUGGCGCCAAAUCUUUCACUGCUUUCGCCGCCCGCCAAAAGGGUGCUGUUGAGAAGGUAUUAGAGAAUGUGGAAUGGCCCGAGCAAUUUCCCUUCAAGGACGAGGAUUUCCUGCGCUUUGACGAAUCACCAGAUACGACGUUCUACGAAUCUCCCCGUUUCGUGACACACAUAGACGAUCCCGCCAUUAAUGCGCUCACUAAAUAUUACUCGGAGGUUUUCCCUCCGAGUAAUACACCUGGCGUUGCUCUACUCGACAUGUGUAGCAGCUGGAUCAGCCAUUAUCCAAAAGGGUAUAAGCAAUCAAGAAUAGCGGGAAUGGGUCUCAACGAAGAAGAGCUAAAGCGAAAUCCAGUUCUGACAGAGUAUGUUGCGCAAGAUUUGAACGUCGAUCCGAAACUCCCGUUCGAAGAUAACACCUUUGAUGUUAUUACAAAUGUGGUAAGUGUCGACUACUUAACAAAGCCUCUCGAUAUUUUCAAGGAGAUGUCUCGGAUCCUCAAACCAGGUGGACUUGCUAUUAUGAGCUUCUCUAAUCGAUGUUUCUGGACAAAGGCAAUUUCGAUCUGGACAUCAACCGGAGAUUCUGAUCAUGUAAUGAUAGUCGGAGCAUAUUUUCAUUAUGCUGGAGGAUUUGAGCCUCCUAAGGCAGUAGAUAUAUCGCCAAACCCUGGUCGAACCGAUCCUAUGUAUAUCGUGUACUCGAGGAAAUUAUCAGCCUGACUCAGGAUCACAAAUUAGUCCCUCGGAAAACGGUGAGCCUUCGAUUCAAUGUUUCUGUUUUCGGCGUGCAUUCUGGAUAAAUGCAUGUAACUUGCUCGAAUAUUAUGCUUUAUUUUUUAUAUGAAAGUCGAUCAAACACGAGAGAAUGUGUUGGUGGUUUCGGUGCAUU